AUGCACGUCACGAUUGCGCCAGCCAGCACCAGGACCGCAGCGGCCGUGAUCCGCUCGCUCCUCGCCGAGGCGCCCGAUUCGGUGGACAUUCACGCCCUGUACCGGAACCUCGCCAGGGUGCCAAAGGAGUUUGCGGACAAGCCCAACUUUCACGCGCUGCAGGGUGACGUCGCGGAUCCCACGACGCUCGACUUUACGGGGUCGGACGCCGUGCUGGCCAUUACCCCGCCGACAUUUGAAGGCGGCGACAUUGUGAAGCAGGCCGAGAUCUUGUCCAAGAAUGUCAAGGAUGCGAUUGAGGCUGCGGGCAGCGUCAAGCGGCUCGUGCUGCUGAGCAGCAUUGGGGCGCAGCUGCGCGAGGGCGUGGGUGAGAUCAAGACCAACAACGCGGCGGAGCGGGUGCUGGCCACGACCAAUGUCCCGUCCAUUACCUUUGUCCGCUGCGCCUACUUUAUGGAGAACUGGACCAUGGGCAUGGACACGCUCAAGGCGCCGGAGCCCUUUUUCUUUUCCACCAUCACGCCCCUCGACUGGAAAGUCCCCAUGGUGGCCGUCGCGGACAUUGGGUCGACACUGGCAGCGGAGCUGCUCAAAGAAGAGCCGGCGCCGUCAAAGCCACAUGUUUACGAGCUGCACGGGCCACGGCGGUACACGCCGCUGGAUGUGCAAGCCGCUUUCUCCAAGGCGGUUGGAAAGCAGGUAGCGGUGAAGCCGGUCGAAAAGAGUGAGCUGCACAGCUUCUACUCGCAAGUGUUUCCGCCGGAGAUUGUGGGCGAAUGGGUCGAGAUGUCGACGAGCUUCCUCGAAGGCGGCGUGAUGGCGGCCGAUAAGGUUGACUACAGUAACGUGAAUGUCGUGAAUGGGCGGACGGAGCUGGAUGAGGCUUUGGGGAAAGCCUAUGCGCAGGCUGCGUAA